AUGGAACCCUCUGGAGCCGACAAGGGCUUUUUCCAGACGCCACCGACACUGCCGAAUCAGUUCUACGACGAUGAUUCUCACAAGCGAUGCUUUAAGCUAUUUCUCCCGAAAAGUGUAAUCUCCCAGACGCAGGAUGAAGUCGCAGCGCUGGGGCAAGACGUCAUCUCCGACCAAGUCUUCACCUGGGUCUCGGAUGCGUACCGCAACCUGCCGUAUCUCAAGGGCUCAGGCCGAUCGUCCUUUGGCCAUCACACCGGCGAGCUCGUCACCGGAGAAGGAUGGCGCGAGCUACAGAACAUGGGAAUCUCCAAAGGCAUUGUCGCGACAGGAUACGACACGCCACAUGGGCCCUUUUCACGCCCUCUGCAGUUCCUGCGCAUGCAUCUCUGGCAGCCGUCCUCUGCUGUUGUCACCUGCCCAUCAGCCAUGCAGGACGGCGCGGCGUGCCUUUUGCGCCGCCACCUGACCGAGCCGACUCUCUCGGCGAAGCUGACAGCCGAUGAGCGCCGCGUGUAUGAGGAUGCCUAUCGUCGACUGACGUCGCGCGACCCAAGUGUUGCCUGGACGUCUGGCCAGUGGAUGACGGAGCGUACCGGCGGGAGCGACGUUUCCUUGACCGAGACGGUGGCCAGGCUCCCCGCCAACCCAGAGUUUGGCCUCGCUUCACAGCAGGGUGAGAUCCCACUCGGCCCCUGGAGUAUCAGCGGCUUCAAGUGGUUCUCGUCGGCGACGGAUUCCAAAAUGACUGUUCUGCUUGCGCGCACGUCUGCCGCCAGCGGACUGUCUGCGUUUAUUGCGCCGAUGCGUCGCCACAACCCGCACGCCACGACCAUGGCCGGCCAUGCCAACCCCCACGGCGAGAAGCUGAAUGGCGUUCGCAUCUCCCGCCUCAAACACAAGUUCGGCACGCAGUCCCUCCCUACCGCCGAGCUCGUCCUCGAAGAUAUGCGCGGAUGGCUUGUUGGGGAGGAGGGCAAGGGCAUCCAUGAGAUCAGCAACGUCUUGACCAUCACCCGCGUCUACUCGGCCGUCUCUGCCGUGUCGUACGUCGGCCGCGCCAUUGCCAUUGCUAAAGCAUUCGCCCGCGUCCGCGAAGUCGGGGCGGGAAGCCGCGCGCGCAUGCGUCUGAUCCACAGUCCUCUGCACAUGCGCACCCUCGCCAAGAUGACGGGCGAAUACCGCGGCCUCAUGAUGCUCAGCUUCUACGCGGCGUACAUCCUCGGCGUCUCUGAGUAUCCGACCAACGACUUCGAGGAUGUUUCUCCGGCACUCAAGGCCCUGACGCCAAGCGCCAAGCUGGCCUUGCCUCUCAUCCGGGUUCUUAGUCAGAUCACCAAGGCGUACGUGUGCAAGCCCUCUGUCUCGCUCGUAUUCUCGUGCAUGGAGGCGCUAGGUGGAGUCGGCUACAUGGACAAUGAAGAGCAAGAGUACCUCAACGUCUCGAGGAUUUUCCGCGACAUUUCUGUGCUGCCCAUCUGGGAGGGCACGACAGAUGUGCUCAGCACAGAUACGAUUCGCGCUCUCAAGCACCCCCAGGCAGGCCAGCACUGCAUCGCGGCGCUGGAUGAUGUCAUCGGGAAAGCAGCCGCCUUCUCUGGGAAAUCGCCAAAGAGAUGGAGUGCCGUGCAGGAAUGGAAGGCGCUUCGUGCCAAGAUUGUGAAUACGCCGCAGGCAGACCUCAUGGGCGAGGCCAGAGACCUGGUCUGGGCGCUGGGCGAUAUCCUCGUCUCGCUUCUCCUGUAUGUUGAUGCCGCAAGCGAUGAUGACGUUGCUGCACAAGAGAUUUUCGUGCGCUUCGUCGAGCAAAAAUAUCAUAGUGUCGAGAAGCAACCGAGGCAAGACACGGCUACUGAGUUGCGCAAGGAUGCGCUUAUAGUGUAUGGCACUGAAGACGUGGGAGCGGCGCCCCCGAAACUAUAA